ACUCUGAUUUUACAUUGCAAAAUCACAGGUCAUAUAAGGGAUCUCCCUCUUCAUCUGUGGCUAUGCACAUCAGUUCAGUUGUUAACUGAACAUAAAAGGUUUUCAAUCUAUGAUGACAGUAUAUCAAAUAUGAAUUCUUCCAAGCAAAUAUUCUCGAAAUCAAUGGAAACUUGAAGCUCAUUCUUCUACACUAUAUAUGCUGAAAUCGCUAGUUAUUUGCAAAUAUGAGUGACAAAACCUUUCACAUAGUCAUGUACCCAUGGUUUGCCAUGGGCCAUUUAACCUCAUUCCUUCACAUCUCCAACAAACUUGCUGAGAGAGGCCACAGAAUCUCUUUCUUCUUGCCAAAAAAACCUCAAGCUAAGCUAGAGCCUCUCAAUCUUCACAAAGACCUCAUUUCUUUCAUCCCAAUAAUUGUUCCACAUGUUGAUGGACUCCAACCUGGUGCUGAAACAACAGCAGAUGUUCCUUUCCCAUUGCAGUUUCUCCUCUGGAAUGCAAUAGACCUUACUGCACCCUCCAUUGAAGCUUCGCUUUGUAACCUCAAACCCCAUUUUGUGUUCUAUGAUUUUGCUCACUGGUUACCCGCGUUGGCAUGUCGGCUAGGCAUUAAGUCGGUACAAUAUUGCAGCAUUAGCCCGGCAUCUGUAGGGUUUUUGAUAAGCCCUGAAAGAAAACUCGAUGAAAAACCAUUAACAGCAGCUGAUUAUAUGGAACCUCCCCCAAGUUUCCCACCUUCAUCGAUCAAGUUACGCCCAUUUGAAGCUCGACAUCUAACCUUUGCAGGGGUGAAACAAAAUGGCCAAGACAUAUCAUUCCUGGAACGCCAACUGAUCUCUUUCAAUGAUUCUGAUGCGAUUAGUUUCAAAACUUGCAUGGAGAUGGAAGGGCCUUACUGUGACUAUGUUGAAAAACAAUUCAAAAAACCUGUUAUUCUUGCAGGGCCAGUGGUGCCUAAGCCACCAACAACAGCAUUAGAAGAGAAAUGGGCAAAGUGGUUGGAUAGCUUCAAGGCCAAAACUGUGAUAUUCUGUGCAUUUGGAAGUGAAUGCAUUUUAAAGAAAGAUCAGUUUCAAGAACUGGUUUUGGGUUUUGAGCUAACAGGCUUGCCUUUUUUGGCUGCACUAAAACCACCAAUGGAGGCCAAAACAAUUGAAUCUGCAUUUCCAGAAGGGUUUGAAGAGAGGGUAAAAGGAAGAGGGGUUGUUCAUGGGGAUUGGGUUCAGCAGCAGUUGAUACUGAGGCAUCCUUCUGUGGGGUGCUUUGUGACACAUUGUGGGUCUGGUUCUUUAUCUGAGGCCAUGGUGACUGAGUGCCAAUUGGUGCUGGUACCACACAUUGGGGAUCAAAUUAUCAAUGCAAGGCUGAUGGGUGGAGAUCUAAAAGUGGGAGUUGAAGUUGAGAAAGGUGAGGAAGAUGGGCUGUUUACUAGUGAAGGUGUAUGCAAUGCAGUGAAGGCUGUAAUGGAUUAUGAUAGUGAAGUGGGGAACGAGGUGAGAGCCAACCAUGCUAAAUGGAGAGAGUUCUUAUCCAGCAAAGGGCUUGAAAACUCCUACAUUGAUAACUUUGUUCAACAGCUGCACUCUCUGCUCAAAUGAUUUUAUGAUGAUCAUGUUUUGGAAGUUAGCUAUAUAUAUAUUUUCAUCAUGACUACUGUUCUCAUGAAUCACACCAAUAUUUGCUAACUAAUGGUCUUGAUUGAAGUUAUUUAGUUUGGUUUAAAGAAGCAUAUAUGUUAGGCAUGAAUGCAUGAUUUUUAUUUUGAGUGAUGAAGAUGGGAAGGUAAAGAUGAAAUAUAUUGUAUUAAAGCUUUUAAUAAUGAUUAUCUUUGAAGGAUUGAUUUUGAUU